UGCCUCGUGCCAGUGCCCAUCUGAGCUGCCUUUCAGUGUCACCCAUCAGUGCCAGUCAGUGCCACCUAUCAAUGCCAAUCAGUGCACACCUAUCAGUGCUGCCAAUCAGUGCCGCCUAUCAGUGCGCAUCAGUGCCGCCUAUCAGUGCCUGUCAGUGCCGCCUAACAGUGCCAGUCAGUGCCGCCUAUCAGUGCCAUAUAUCAGUGCCAUGUAUCAGUGCUGCCUUUCAGUGCCCAUCAGUGAUGCUUGUCACUGCCCAUCAGUGCCACCUACCACCUAUCAGUGCCCAUCAGUGCAGCCUCAUUAGCGCACAUCAGUGAAGAAGAAAAAUCACUUAUUUACAAAAUUUUAUAACAAAAACUAAGAAAAAAAUGUUUUUUUUUUUUUUAAUUUACAGUGGUUUUUGGUUU